CCGUAGUUAAGGAAUGCUAAAGAAACUGCGUCUAAUCAGUGGGUGCACUAACAAUAACAAACCCCCAAGUUCGAUCUCAAUCAGCACAAGCCUCAUCCUUUACAUCUCAGAACACCAUCUACAUACAUCGAAUUCCACCCAAACCCGAGUUCAUCAACAUGGCCACCCCCCUGACACUACACAUAACCGGGCAAGACAUCCACCUCACAGCCACGCCCCUAGAACAAUCAUCCUUCGCCCCCUUCGGCGACGUCAUCGAGAACCCCAGACCAGACCUCCACCCCUCAUCAGCCUUCACCUCCCCAUCCCCCCUCCCCUUCAACGCCAUCCCCGCCAACCAAGGCACAGCAAUAAAAUACCAGCACGUAACCCACCUCACAAACCUCUACCCCUCCGCCCCAAGCGGCCACCCGGGCGUCCCCUCGUCAAGCCUCUUCUCGUGCGCCGCCGCCGCCACCCCGGCCCCAAGUCGCGGGUCGUCGUCGUCGCUGGUCCUGUUGCCGAUCCGCAUCCUCGAGCGCCACCCUUUCACCUCGCAGACCUUUAUCCCGCUUGGCGCCGGGCACAGACACAGCAGACACAGGUAUCUGGUGGUCGUGGCGCCGAGCCUACCUCCCGGCGGCCCGGAUGACGGGGUAUUGUUAUUGCCCGUGCCGGGAAGGGGGAGGGGACUGCCGGAUGUGCGGGGCCUGAGGGCGUUUGUCGGGUCGGCGGGGCAGGCGGUUACGUACGGGGCGGGGACGUGGCAUGCACCGAUGGUGGCGCUUGCGGGGGGGCCGGGACGGGAGGGGGACGGGGGCGGGGUGGUGGAUUUCGUGGUUGUGCAGUUUGCGAAUGGGGUCGGGGUGGAGGAUUGUCAGGAGGUUGUCCUGGCGGGGUCGGACUCGGGUGGUGAAGGAGCGGCGAAGGUUUGGGUUAGGAUCCCCGAGAGGGGGGACGUUGCUGCCAGGUUGUGAGGGGAUUUUCAUGGUCGUUUUCCUGGAUUGCGUGGCGGGUUGAUUGAUGGGUGCUGAUGUUGUUGGAAGCCCCGAUUAUUGCUGCGCAUCUACUCAACUUUUAACAAGCAAUCGCUCGUCUGUUUAAGGCAGAGACACUCUUGAGUUACGCAGUAAAGACGGAAUUAGGUUAAGAUCUCCUCAACUACCUCAGCCCCCAAUGAUGGGCUGUCUGUCUGUUCCGAGAAUAAACUAUCCCUGGGAAUUAUGGCCAAACGCCUCUUGUUUGUUCGCCCCUGAAAAACAAGCCCCCUCUGCAGAUUCUGUUCCGCAGACCGUGGCCGUGUCCAUGUCCAUAUCGGGAAGUGGUCACAUGUCAUGUACGGGAUAUAUGACUCCCUGAUAAACCCCCUGGGUUCUCAUAGACCUUGCUCGAACCAGUAGACUGUGGCCACCUUUGUGUGUAGCCAAUCCAUUAGUCCAUCCUCUAUGAUCCGAACUCCCCUCC